UUAUCUCAGAUGGCCCAAGUUCUCAGGAGCCUCAUCAUACAGAGUUACAGCUACUCCUGUGAAUACUGUAGGCCAGACAUUUUUGGCUCAUUUUAGUGAUGUUAACCUUAAAGGUACUCUGACUUCCUUAACUCCCAGUACUGUUUAUGUUAUACAAGCAGAAGCUGUUGACAAGAAUGGAAUUAUUCUGGCUGAAACACAGAUUAUGCAGUCAACAGCUCCAGACAUACCUGUUAUUGACCAGGCUUAUUCCAAACUUAGCAACAGUAUCACAGUGGAAUGGAGAGCUGUCCCAGGGGCUACUAGUUACCUACUGACUGCCCGAGAUGGAGAUUCCUUCAUUGAAACUACAGUCACAAAUUCACCAGGCACAGUGACAGGUUUGAAAGCUGCUACCCUGUACAGAAUCACCAUCAGAUCUAUAAAUUCAGGUGGAAGAAGCCAGCCUUCACCUUCCAGAAAAGCAAAAACAGUCCUGGCGGCUCCGAUCCUGUCGGUAAGUUCUCCGAGUUGCGACUCCAUUGCAGUGACCUGGAAAGCUGUUUACAUGGCAGCAGGAUUCGCUGUGUCCCUCAUGAGGUCAGAUGGUUUGGGCAGGAUGCUGAAGGAGAACACCACCAACACCUCCUUGGCGUUCACCAACCUGGACCCAGGAACUCUCUACACUAUCAAGGCAUAUGCCUGGGAUGCCAAUGGGAUGCCCGGAGAUGAUUUCACAUAUAACCAAAGAACAAGUCCGAAGGCACCGGCCGAUGUUCAAGUAGCUUUUAACAGUGGCACUUUAAGAGCUAUUGUUUCUUGGAUGCCAACAGAAGGAGCUCUAACUUACACUGUGAUAGUCUCCAACAGACUCUUGACAUUGAAGUGUAACUCAUCUUCUAGCUCCUGCAUGGUGCCGUCGCUCCAGUGCGGAUCAGAAUACUCUGUUUUUGUGAUAGCGCAUAAUGAUGCUGGAUCCAGUAAACCAACUGCUUCAGUGAACUUGAAAACCAUUCCUUGCGCACCAGGAAGUGUAUCAAUUGAAGAGGACGAAACUGGUACCCUGUUGGUAUCCUGGUCUCGUGUGAAUUUUAGUCAUUAUUAUGUUGUUUUUGUGAAAAGCGAUGAUGGCUUGGAAGUGUACUGCAACACAUCCCAUACUCAGUGCCAUUUUCAGUCGGACUGUGGCUUCACCUAUUUCAUUAGUGUCUUUGCGUAUAACAAAGCAGGCCAGAGUCCCUUAGGUGAUGUAUUCAAUUACACUACUGCACCUUGUUGCCCCAGCGACUUUAGCACCGUGUUUGUGUCGGGUGACACGCUGGAGGUUACCUGGUCUCCUGUCCGUGGUGCUGAAAUGUAUGAAACCAAAGCUGCGGCCUGGACGGGCGUCGUGCUGUGCAACGACACGGCCCCCGCGUGCACCUUAUCGGCUCUGCAGUGCAACACGCAGUACAACGUCACUGUUUACUCCUUCAGCGAAGUCAGGGGCAGCAAUAAAUCAUGUGCAUCUAAAUAUGUAGCAACAGCUCCUUGCAGCCCUGAAAUUAAAAAUAUCUCAAAAGACACUGUUUCUGUAAUCAGCGUGUACUGGCAAUCUAAUAACGAUGACGCUACAUACAUCAUCACUGCAAAAGGCGAGGCUGGGCUGUGGCACUGCACCAGCUCUGGAAACUUCUGUACCAUAAUUAAUCUUCCCUGCGGAUCUGUUUUCUCUAUUAGCGCUAUAGCAAGAUCACCAGCAGGACAGAGCUUACCAAGCUAUAGUGUCCCUUUAGAGACAGCUCCUUGCUGCCCUACUGACUUGACACUAACUCAGGUGACACAGUCUGUAACAAAUAUCAGCUGGUCUGUUGGAAUGGGUGCACAGACAUAUGCAACAACAUUGGAAUCUCCAAAAGGACAGGCAAAGUGUCACACUCUCCAAAACUAUUGUCUCCUAGGAUGCAUCACAUGUGGCACCAACUACACCGUAUCUCUGAAAGCAAUCAGUGAAACUGGUUUGACAUCCAGUUGCACAUACAAAGGAUAUUCUUCUAGUGCUUGCUGUCCUUCAGGAGUGAAGCUAUACAGACUUGGCAAUAACGCUAUCAGGGUACACUGGCGAGCUUCUGAAGAAGUGACAACUUACAAUACUGACUUAUAUGGCUCAAAAGGCAACUUCACCUGUGCCCCUCACUCAGGUCUCAGUCACUGUGAUAUCACUGAGAUACCUUGUGGGGAUGUCUACACAGUGGUAGUAACUCCAGCAACUGAUAAAGGGCUGAAACUUGCAGUUUGUCCUAAAAAAAUAUAUUCAGUAACUUGUUCUGGAAGCUCUGUUGGAAGGGUGAUAUAUAGAGGAAAGAGAAAUGCGGAACAUCUCUAA